AUGGGAACACUCAUCUACAAUUUCCUCCUGAGGGGAGCGCUUGGGCAGCGCACGCGUGUGGCUCCUUGGGCUCCCGCACGGAGGCAGGGCUGGCACUCGCUGACCGGGCGGUCCCCGCCAGCCCGGGCUGCCGCCUUCGCCUUGCGCCGAGCUUUGUCCCUCCUCGGCCCCGCGCUUCCCUGUUGCCUUGGUGACGGCCGCUCCCGCCAAUCAGCGGCGAGGGCGGGAAAGGCGGCGGCGGGAGAUGGCGGCGGCCAAGAAGCGGCGGCGCGGACCGGAGCGGGAGCGGGAGCCGGGGCCAGAGCCGGAGCGGGAGCCGAGCUGCCUGCGGGCCUGGGCCGCCCACAGCCGGGCGCUGGUCGGGCGCUGGACGGGCUGCCGGCUGCCCUCCCUGCCCUGCCUCUGGAACUCACUGUCCUCUACAAUUCCCUGCUUUUCACUGUGGGAGCAUCUGACUCUGCCAUCAAUGGAGAAGCAGAAGGAAUACGCCAGGGGCUCCUCAGGGUUCUGGAGGUUUGUGGGGCCUGCGGACAGGAUCUUGGCACGGAGGAGCUGUGGGAGAAGGUGCUGCAGGAGGUAACCGUGGAGGAGCUGCAGGCACCUCUGCACCGCCUCGGGGCCCUGCAAGCAGCCUGGUGGCUGGCAGCCAGCCAGCUGGGAAGUGUUACUGGCCUCUUCCAGCUCCUGAGCACUGCUGAGGACCCAGGAAGAGCUCACUGCAGUGAAGGGCAGAACAAACUCCUCUCCAUGAUCAAGGCAUGGCGGGUCCCUCCUGAGGGGGCCUCCCUGCCCCUUGUACAAAGCGCCAAGGACUUGAAGGAAAUCCUCUGCACUGCAGCAGCCUUCCUGCAAGGGCUGCAGGAGCUGGAGGCUGGGAACUUCCCCACUGCCCUCUCCCUCCUUCAGGAAGCUGCAGGAGGAUUCUGCUCCAAGAAUGUCCUGGCCCAGAUCUACACCUGCCUCGGCUGCUGUGCUCAGCGAAUGGGCAAGCCUCAGACAGCCCUUCAGCACCUGAAGUGGGCCCUCCAGGUAGAUUUCCAGUGCCUUCCUGCCCUGUCCCACGUGGCAGCAGUGUACCAUGAACUGGGAGAGACCGAUGCAGAGCUGCAGGCCCUGACCCUACUCUACGAGGCUUUGGGAAAAACCCCUCCAGCAGCUGCUUCCUCUAGUCCCCAUUUUCUAAUGCGAACAGAGCUGCUUGUCCGCACACCAGUGCUCCCUUCCCUCCUUCGCCAUCGCCAUCCCUCUGAAGUGAAGUACCUUCUGGCACAGCGCUGUCUCCAGGAUGGGAGGGUGGAUGAUGCAGUGGAACAUUACCUGGAUUUUCUGUCCCUCCUUCAGGAGGGGCUGCAGCAGCAGGUGCCCCUGGAUGGUAGCUCAGCUCUGCCCAGGAUCCCAGAGGUGUUCCUGGAAGCAGCAUCUGCCUUGGAGCAGGCUGGGAGGCACCAGGAUGCCAUAACUGUGUGUGAGGAGGUCAUCAGCCGGACAACUGACCUCAUUCCACGGGUGUUACGAGUGGAGGAGAGGCUGGAGCAGCCGGAUUCCUCGUUGCCAGGGGCAGAACUGGCAGGUGCACUCCUGUCCCAGAAGAAGGAGAGCCUGUGCUGCCUUGCCUGGAGAGCAGCUGGAUACCUGCACCAGGGCUGGGCAUGGGCCAGGCUGGGAGAGAGCAAGGAAGCUGUAACACAGUUCAGCAGGUGCCUCAGUGAUCUCCUACGCGUCCAGCUUCAUGGGUCUGGCAUCAAAUGGACAGAGAAUCUCCAGCCAGAAGUGGAGGUGCUCCAGAAGAUCAGGUUGCUCUCUCUCAUUGGGCGAGGUACGCAGUUCCUGGAGCUGGGGAGGAACAAAGAAGCCCUGUUGGAUUUCCAGCACAGCUUGCAGAUCUCACCAGGUGACCCAGCCGCUGCCUCCUACCUGGUGCAGGCCUUGUGGAAGCUGAACCGAAAGCAGGAGGCGGCUGCUCAGUGGCAGAGGCUCUCCCAGAGCUCCCCUGGAGAGGAUGGGCAGCAGCAAGGGCAGGGGAGGCCCCUCCCUUUGUACCUGGCUGCGUGUCUGGAGCAGGCAGCGUUCCCUGACAGUGAGCCUCUUGCCAGAAGCAUCCAGGAUUACCUCGGGACAGCAGCCCAGGACACCUCAAGCUGACCUGCUGAGGUCUCCCUGCACUUGGCUGGCACAAGGCCUUUAAGGACUCCUUCAAGGCUCAGGACUACUCUGUGAUGAAGCAAAGGACUGAAACAGAAUAGAUCUCCUUUCCUAAUAAAAAAAACGCAGCUC